CUUCUUCCAUUUUCUAUAAUUUCCGCCAUUAUCGUCGCUCUCAACCUCAACUGCCCUGAUCAUAAGGACCCGCAAGAAUGCCUGAUGAGCUGUGUUUAUCUACCACCAAGAACAACAACAACAACGAUCCCCCAUUAAUCCCUACUGUUUUCUUAUACGAUUUACCCUUCCUCUGUUCCUUCAUCUUCUCUCACCCUCUCUACUUCUCUUACUUCCUCUUCUUUUCUCCUUAUUUGAUCAAAUUCAUCUUCUUAUUCUCCCCUCUUUUCUUUACCACCACCCUCCUCCUCCUCCUCUCCUUCCUCGCCACCACUUUCCCUCACUCGAAGAAACUAGGGUUUAUUCAAACUGUCCUGGAUAAGCUCCGAUCGAAGCUCAACGACGUUGAUGAAGAAGACCAGGAGUUUUGUAAUUUUGAAGAUUUUGAGAUUUAUAAAAUCGUGUUUCAUGAUGUUCCGUCGUCGUUGAUCACAAUCGGCGAUGAUGAUCACAUGGAACAAGUGUCGGUAAUGGAGGUUGCAGGUAAAUCGGAAGAGGAGAAAAGUUUGGAGAAAUUAUUCGAAGAAUUGGAUCUAUUUGAAGAUUCCAUCGAUGCGAUUGAGAUGAAGGAAACGAAAAUGAGUUCGGAUCUGGUUAAAGUUGUUGGAGAAUUACAAAAACCAGAGGCGGUGGAGACGGGAAUGGAAAAACUCGAAGGUAAAUCCAUGGCGGUUCCGGCGGAGACGACAGUUUCCGACGAAUAUCAGAAAACUGUUCCAAAUCCGGCGGAGACGACAAUUUCCGGCGAAGAUCAGAAAACUGUUCCAAAUUCGGCUGAGACGACAAUUUCCGGCGAAGAACAGAAAACCGUUCGGAAUCCGUUCGGCAUGAAAUCAAAUUCAUGGCGAUUGGAUUCGUGUAGUAGUUUCGGAAGCUAUGGAUCAAUGAGGAAGGAGAAGGAAUGGAAGCGAACAUUAGCAUGCAAACUGUUCGAAGAAAGGCAUAACUCAGAAGGGGGUGAAGAAGGUAUGGAUUCAUUAUGGGAAGCUUAUGAAACCGAUCAUUCCACCACCAAAUCGAAGAACAAAAAGGACGCCAUGGUCAAACAUAAGAAGACCUUGAUCAAGAACAAGACUGAGUUCAAGUAUUUUGAUGAUGAUCUUGAUGAAGAAGACGAUGAAGAUGAGUUCAUGAUGAGCAAUGGACAACUGUGUUGCUUGAAAGCAUUGAAGUUAUCAGCAGGGAAGAUGAAUUUGGGGAUGGGGAAACCAAAUCUUGUGAAGAUUUCAAAAGCUCUUAAAGGGUUUGGUUGGUUGCAUCAUGUUGGUUCCAAAAAUGGUAAAAGAAUUUAGUUUUCAUUUUGUGU